AGCUGGUCGACUGGAGGGCAGGGCACUUACACUGUAGGACCCCUGACUAAGGGAUAGUAGCUGGUUAAGGUUGAGCAGGAUGAAGGUUGGUAGGCAGCUGAGAAAGCUGAGUGGAGAUAAGCUUUAGCUGCUUGCUGACAUGCUGGUUGUUAGUGAAGCAGCAGAGUCGCUGGUUGUGCUGCUCAAGGAGUGUAUUUUAGCUGGAGAUUGAAGAGAACAUUGCCUGUGACACAUCUUUCAAUUAUAUAUAUUUUUUAUAAAAUUCAUGUCAAAAGUGAUUUUCAAAAAGUUUUGCAUGCGACAUUUUGUGUUCCACUUCUGGUUCCAUGUUUUGGUUUGCCACAAGCUUUGAGAAAUAGAAAUUGAUUUCUGUGGAAGGGAAGUGAGAACCACGAGAGUAUUUAAGCUGUUCUUCUGCUGCACAUUCUCCACUCUCAUCACUGAGACUUUCAUCAUGUACCUGAUACAAGGCAUCGUCCUGCUCCUGCUCAGCAUCAGUGUUCAGAGUCGUUCCAUUAGGGUAUUUGGUAAUGGAACCUCUGAGGAGAUCAAUGACAACAUCUGUCAAUCUGACACUGUUUCUGCCAUAAUUGAAAGAGCCAACAAGAAUGCUGGAAAGUCAAAGGGUGAUUUCACUAUUAUGCAUGGUGACAUAAUGGUGUACACUGGGCUCCAGAAUGCAGAUCCAUGUACUUCUCAAGGGUGCAAGUGGCCCAGGAACCAAGAUGGGAAGGUUUAUGUGCCUUAUGUCAUUUCCAGGCAGUACUCACCAUCAGAAAAAGAUGUUAUCCAGAAUGGGCUGGACUCCUUCCAAAGGUCGACCUGUAUCCGCUUUGUACCUCGCAGAAAUGAAGAACAUUACAUUAAUAUAUUCUCAGAUGAAGGGUGCUACUCAUCAGUGGGUCGCAGGAAUGGAAAACAGGAUUUGUCCCUACAGCGCGAUGGCUGUAUUUACAUUCACACAAUCCAACAUGAGCUUCUCCACGCUCUGGGUUUUCAUCAUGAGCAGAGCCGCAGUGAUCGUGACAAUCACGUCAGAAUCCUUCUCCAAAAUGUUAUUGAUGACGAUGCUCACAAUUUUGAUAUUGAACCCACCAACAAUUUGAACACUCCAUAUGACUACAACUCUGUCAUGCACUAUGAUAGGUGUGCUUUCUCCAAGAACGGCCAGCCGACCAUCAUCCCCAUACCAGACAAUAACGUUCCCAUUGGACGUGCCACUGAGAUGAGCCGCAAUGACAUUCUACGUGUUAACAGGCUCUACUGCAGUUAAAUUCAGCACUCUGAACAUCAUCAGUGUGUUUCACAUGCUUUCAUUAACCACUUGAAGCAAAUGGUAAAGCUUAAAUAUCUGGGUAGGAUUGUUUCUGGAUUCUGUCUCAGUUUUGCUCUUCUGGAAUUUAUUUUUCACAUGCAGUGUUAAAAGCAAUUAAAAAUAAUUCAAAAAAUGA